CCCAGGGGUGGGGAAGCGGAGGCCCAGGAGGAGGGGGAAAAAAGGCGGAGGAUCCGGGCUACUACUCUGAAUCGGACACCGGUUCUCUUAGAUCUGAGACACAGAAAAAGGGAGAGGCGUCUCCUUCCCCUUCCCUCCUCCCUCUCAGCCGUAGCCAUGGCCGAGGCAGGGGCCGGGCUGAGUGAGACCGUCACUGAGACAACGGUUACCGUGACAACCGAGCCCGAGAACCGGAGCCUAACCAUCAAACUUCGGAAACGGAAGCCAGAGAAGAAGGUGGAAUGGACAAGUGACACUGUGGACAACGAACAUAUGGGACGCCGCUCAUCAAAAUGCUGCUGUAUUUAUGAGAAACCUCGGGCCUUUGGUGAGAGCUCCACGGAGAGUGAUGAGGAGGAAGAUGAGGGCUGUGGUCAUACACACUGUGUGCGGGGCCAUCGCAGAGGACGGCGUCAUGCAGCCCUGGGACCUACUCCCAGCACCCCUCCCCAGCCUCCUGACCCCUCCCAACCCCCUCCAGGGCCAAUGCAGCACUAAAUUCCUCUCUCCCCCACCAUUCCUCUGUCUGUCUGGCCCUGAAUGUGUCCACGUGGCUACUUGGGGACUAAACCCAUGGUUUCAUCCCUUCUCCGGCCCACUCCUUCCCUCUUCUCUACCAGAUAGAGAGAAAAGGAAGAGGAAGUGGACAGGGAUCCUGGAAUUCUGACUUGCUGCUAUUCCAGAACCCAGGUUUCUGGGUUUCCCUCAGCCCUCCUUUCUCCUCUCGAUGCCCACCCUCCUCUCUCUCCAGGGAUCCAGGCAUUUUGGUCCCAGUCUCCUCCCUUUGUUCUCACUGCCAAACUGCCUGUCCUGGGAUCCAGUAAUCUUGGCCCCCUGCAUUCUCAACUUGAGUCCCAAAUACUUAAAUUGAGUUUCCAGCUGUCUUAGCUUUCACUGCCAGGGUCCCAGUCAGAUUCCAGGCAAUCUCACCUUAGCUAUGCUUGUUAAUUCUGGCUUAGAGCUCCUCUACUAAAGUAUUUAUGUAACCCAAUUCUGUCCUUGCCUGUGGGAUAUGAGGUCUUGUGAGAGACCUCAGGCCUUCCAGCCCCUCCCCUCCUGCCUACACUUCAUGCACUCAAGAGGAGUUAGGAGAGAGGUCUUUGUUCUUCUCACCUCUAGUGGAAAAUAGCCUUGUCUUCUGUGCCCACAAUUGCCAUGUGAUGUAGGAUUUUUGACAAAGCUGGCUUGAGACAGGUCAGUUAGGGCCAACUAUCUCCUCAGCCUGUGGUCUUUGAGCUUCAGAGAGAGGUACAACAUAGUCGCAGGGUCCCCAGUCUAUGCAAGAUGAGUGUGUGUCCCCUGUACUGCACUCUUGCCCCUUCCUUCCAAGGCUUUGAUGUCUGCCAGCCCCAAUGUCCCGCUCUCUCCACCUUCCCUGCCCCUUACUCUGGGAUCUGGUCAUCAUUUUCCAGGCCUCUUGCCAUGCACAGUUAUCAGAGAUCAAUCAAAUCCAUACCACCACUGAGAUCUCAUUUAUUGCCACAGAUGUGCAAAAUAAAUAACCCAACAUUGCAAAAUGUGUUAAAUACGGGCCCAUUUAUAUGUAUGGGGAGAGAUGUGAGACUGUACAAGGGUGAGUCUGGGAAUGUUUGGGCCAUUCCCAGGUUGAGGAGCGGAGAGGUAGCACCAUUGGUUCCUUUCGGUGAGUAUGUGCAGGAAGAAGUUUUAGAGGCUUAUUGGGAAAAGGCUGUGAGCACAGCAAGAAGUCAUUUAAGGAAGGUAGACUAGAACUGGCUUGCUCAGUUCCCCA